AUGCUUAUAUUUCGAGCUGGUAACAAGACCCUACCUAUAGUUGAGCCGGUGACACUUGGAGGUGUUGCUUUGAGCAGGGUGUCCAGUGUCAAGUACCUUGGACAUAUACUGACCGAAACUUUGAAGGAUGAUGCGGAUAUUGAAAGGGAGCGCAGGGCGCUGGCUGUGAGAGCAAAUAUGUUGAUUCGCAGGUUCGCACGUUGUACAGUGGAGGUCAAGAAGACAUUGUUUAUGUCUUAUUGUCAAUCAUUCUACACGUGCAGCCUGUGGAUCAAUUAUACGAAGCGCGCUUACAGUGCCCUGCGUGUCCAAUUCAACAAUGGGUUUAGGAUGUUGUUGGGGCUGUCACGCUUUUGCAGUGCCUCUGGCAUGUUUGCGGAAGCACGCAUGGACGAUUUCUACGCCAUAAUGAGGAAAAGAGUCGCUUCUCAAACAAAUCGCCUGCGGGAUAGCUCCAACAGCUUGCUGGCCGAUAUCGCCAGUAGAUUGGACAGUCCAUUUGCUAGACACUGGGCGUCCCUUCAUUGUCCUGUAUACCAAGACCCAAAGUAG